AUGAGCGUUGACGAUCGCUCCAGACUGCCAGUACUGCCAGUGCUCCUGCUGCAGAAUGCUUUCCUGUCAGCACUCAUUGCCCUCCGCCCGAAAGGGCCUAUCAAGCUAGCGGCAUUCGCAACAUACACCUACAGUCUCGGACUGGUACUCACCAGUACCACCGGGGAUCUUCAGCAAAAUUACGCUCUUGGCUCCUCCUUUGUAGUGCAGUUCUUCACCGCAUUUCACCUCCUAUGGCUUACAGACCCCUUGAAUGACCUGCGCCACGAGCGCGACCACAUUGCACCUCCAGCAAUGCCGUUCCUGCGCCGGAUGUAUUGGGCAUUAUGUGUCAUCACUGGCCCACGCGGAGUAGGAUGGAAUUGCCAGAUCGCAAACGUACCUCCUCGUCCUAGCGAACCACGCUGGUCGUUCGUGCGUCAGCAGCUGCUGUACGCACUCAGAUUGUACCUGCUCGUCGACCUCGCACAGACCUACCAGCGCUCUAAUCCUUCGUUCUCCCAUCAUGACGCCGGCCUGUUCUCCUUGAGCGCCCAAGGCUACAUUCAGCGAUGUGUCAACAUCGUCGCGUGGUUUGCUCCAGCGUAUGGGAUGAUCGACAUGCCCUAUCGUCUAUUCUCCGCGGUGUCCGUCGCUAUUGCCUGUUCAAUGCCCAGAGACUGGCCUGCAAUGUACGGAGAGUGGGCCGACGCAUACACGCUGCGGCGGUUCUGGGGGCGCACCUACCAUCAGUCGUUACGCCGUUACGCUGCGUCGAUGGGAAAGGCGUGCUGCCGCCUGCUGGGACUGCGCCAGGGAUCCUGGGCGUCGUCAUACACGCAGCUGUAUGUCGGUUUCGCGGUGUCAGGCCUGAUACACUGUGGCGGCGACAUCAUGGUAAGCCCGAAGCUGUUCGGCAUGUCAUUCCCGUUCUUCAUCGCCCAGGCCGUGGCCAUCUCGUUCGAGGACGCGGUCAUUGGCGUGGCGAAGCGCACCGGUAUGCAGGCGCAGUGCCCGGAUGGCUUAGCGCACGCGCUUGGAUAUGUGUGGGUGUUCGUGUGGUUGAGCGUAUCGACACCGUGGUGGAUGCGUACGGGGAUGGUUGACACGAGUCGGACGGUUUUCUCGCUGGUGACGAUGCUUGCCCCGACUAUCACGCCUGGCGCAGCGCGGUUCCUGUUUCUGUCCUUGAUGGCACUUUUUGCAAAGGCUUGA